GGGGGGCGCCCUCGUCAGCCCCUGGAGUGAUCCGUGCCGUGGGUCCCCCCGUCGGACCCCCGCCAGGCGUCCCGCGGGUUGGAUGGACCGCGGCUGGAGGUCGGAGGGUGUGGAGAGCUGGGGAGGCAGCGAGGGGAUGGCCAUGGCCGUGAGCACCGGCCACCACCAAGUCUCAGGCAGCCUCCAGGACCCCCGACUCCAGACGGCGACCGGCUCAGAGAUGGCGAGAACCCUUGUCUUCUGGGCUGCCGAGGACUGGUCUUCAGCCCCACCACUCCUGAGGUCUUGAAUUUGGAAUCCUGUGUCAGCCUCCAGAGUAGCUGAGAUUAUAGGCCUGUAUCUCCAGGCCUUUUCAAGUCUAUCUUCAUAAACUUAACAGGGUUUUGCUGUGUAGCCCAGGCUGGCUUUGAAUUUGCAGCAAUCCUCCUACCUCCGCUUCUUCGGCUAGAAUUAGAGGCAGGAGACCCCACACCCAGCUUCAGCUCCCUGUCAAGAACAAAGGCUACCAUCAAGAAACAAUGAGUUUAAAACCAUUCACCUACCCAUUUCCAGAGACAAGGUUCCUUCAUACAGGACCCAAUGUGUAUAAAUUCAAAAUCAGAUACGGCGACAGUAUCAGAGGAGAAGAAGUAGAGGACAAGGAAGUCAUCAUCCAGGAGCUGGAGGAUUCUAUCCGUGCAGUCUUGGCAAACAUGGACAACCUGCAGCCCUUUGUUACAGAACACUUCAUUGUAUUUCCCUAUAAAAGCAAGUGGGAGAGAGUUUCCCACCUAAAAUUUAAACAGGGAGAGAUCAUCUUGACUCCAUACCCAUUUGUUUUCACUCUGUAUGUAGAAAUGAAAUGGUUUACUGGAAAUCUGCCUUCAGGGAAACCAACAGAUGAUAGUCCUCUUGAGUUGGUCCUAGUUGAGAAGAAAGCAGAAGAAGCCACGGUGCGGAAACGAAGACUCAUGGAGGAGCCCAGCUCCCCUAGCAGGCCAGGACCACACAAGGCCAAGAUAGAGACUUCUAGUGAAGCCUUAAGCAAUCAGAAGCCCCAGAAGGAAACCAAGAGGAACAGAGAAGGAGAAGCCCAGCAAGAAUAUCAGGAUACCCCAGCUUCUGAUGCCACUGAUGUUCAGGAACAGGAUUCUAAGUCGGGGUGCAGCCUGCCAGAGCUAGCUGUCCCUCCACUGCAGCAGAGCAACCCACCAACACCCAAAGGGCCGGGAACCAGUGGCUUCUUUGGGUUUCUGAGCACUCUGCUUCCGUUCCGGUAUUUCUUCAGGAAGAGCUGGCAGUAAGCCUGCUAGGCACCACAGCACGGUGGUGUCGGUCGGUCGGAAGGAGGACUUUCUCUUGCAGUGGCUCCUGAGCUAUACCAAACAUCAUUUGCUUUAGUUUCUUCCUUUUUUUUUUUCUUUUGUUUAUUUCUGAGACAAGCGUUACUGUUAAAUCACCUAGGCUGGCUUCAGGUGCCCCAUCUUCCUGUCUUGGGCUCCUGGUCUGCACCACCACACGCCAUCCUUUUCUUGUAAUUCCUCGGUUAUGGGGAAGAGGGCACCAGACUGAAUCUUCCUAUGAGUUUAUUCUAUUGUUUGCUUUUGUUUUUUUCCUAUUUAAAACACUAAGGAUGGGCUGGAGAGACGGUGGUUAAGAGUGCAUACUGCUAUUGCCGAGGACCUGAGUUUGGUGCUCAGUGCCCACAACAAGCAAUCCACAAUGCCCUCUAAGUCCACUCCCAUCAGAGCUGACCCCUCUUCUGGCCUCUGCAGGCACUUGCACACCCCUCCCCACUCCCAAAGCUAGAAAAACAAACCGGAACAACACUAAGGGACAGCAAGGUGGCUUGAUGGUAAAGCACCUACAGCCAAACCUGAUGACCUGAGUUCAGCCUCCAUGUAUGCACCAUGGCUUGUACAUUCAUACAGAAUAGAUGUAGUUUUAAUAAAAAUUAAAACACUAAGGAAAGAA